AAAAAUUAUGUUUACGAACUUUAACGCGUUUUGGGGUAAGAAAUAAAGUUUGGGGAAGAGAAAGGAACUUGGCAGAUCGAGCAGAAAGGAGCGAAAUAUUGAAUCCUUAACAUGAACUAUGAAUUCAAAUAUAGUUGCGAACGAAGACGAUGACUUCAGUGGUCCGUACCGGGCGACUAAAAUAUGGAACACAAUUAUCCGAGCGUUCAAACAAGGUAUGCCUAUUGGCCGACGCCGACGUUAUAUGAAGGUUUACGAUAAAGCUUUUACUGCAACAGAAGCACUAGAAUGGAUGCAUAAGUAUUUGAAGAGCAACCCUAAUUUUGGUUCAGACAUUACCAAGCAACAAACAGUACAAUUAAUGAGUAAAUUGUUAAAAGCCAGGAUAUUUGAAGAUGUACAAGGAAGCAAAAAGAAGCGAGAGUUUGCUGAAGGUGGUCGUGUCUAUCGAUUCAACCAAAGUUCUCCAGCAAAAGAUUCUCGUGUGCCUCUUAGUGCACGAAUGGAUUUAAUGAAUGCUGCACCAGGACAGAAGACAGUUCUAUCAAAAAGUGAAAAAUCUAAAACGACCUCCAAAUUCAAAUCUCUUGCAAUACCUAAAUGUCAUCUUGUUGCCAAACCUUUGUCUUUGGAAUCAAUGGAAGCUGUUUGGAGAAUGGUCACAUUACACCGGUUGCAAAAGACAAUUGGUUACAACACUUUGGAAGAAUUCUUGGAUGCUUCAUUGGUAAAUGGUCGGCAUAUAAUGCACAAUUGUCUUUAUGUAAAUAAAAGUGGGGUGGUUGGUAAUGUAAAUACUAAAGACCAGCUUCCACAUUGGAUCCUGUCUGCAAUGAAGUGUCUCGUCCAUUGGCCAAAUAAAGUGGACGAUAACUUUGCUAUAUAUCCAGGUUUUGAGAAAGAUGUCUUCCGUGCAGUCAGUGAAUAUUUCCAAGGCCUCACUGAACCUUUGCUAACUCAUUCCUUAUAUGAAACUAUCACCAAUGUAUUUGUCAUGGCUGACUCCAGAUAUGCUCGUCACUCAUCACCAUUAUCUGCUAAAUAUAAUGCUCAUAGCAUGACUUCAUUUGAUUCCAUCGACAAUUUGUUACUGAAUAUGACGAAUGCUGCCGACAACUCCCAGAAGUCCCACCUUUCCAAUAAAUCCGGCUGUCAGCGUGCUUUGUUUUCUACUUGGAGUUCUUCAUCAUUUCCGCAUCUGCGGGGUCAUUCUUUAGGUGGAGGCAAUCUUUCGGAAAAUAAGAUCAAAAGUGAAUCGACAGGCAGCAUCCCCCUCCUGAGAUACGAAACUGCUUUUGGACCUGAAAACAAAACCAUCACUAAUGUCUACUAUUAUCCAAAUCAAACCAGCGCCACUUUUAGCGGUUCCAUGUUUUCACGUUUACCGUCUGUUUCAAACUUAGAAUAUCAGAAUGGUUUCCAGACAAUAUCAAGCAGUCCUUCCAGAUGGCAAUCUGAACAACACCUUAAGUGUGUCGAUAAGCAAACUUUAAACAUCCUUGAUACAUUUAAGAACAAAGAUAUUUUGUCCAACAAACCUCAAAAUAAAUCUAGUCUAAGCAGAAAAUCAAAAUCACAGAAUAUAUCCAGUCAGAAGACGAAAGAUGGAGAAAAUCAAGAAAAAUCAAACUCAUUAAAUGAAAUUCGUUACCAGACACGUGCUUUUCAGGCUUCCUCUCUUACUCAAUCAGCUGCCUACCAUGAGGAAGAAUUUCAGGACCGUUUGCAUUCAACACGACCUUACAGUACGUCAAAUAUUCCAAAUUUGUCCCCUGUUGAAGGUUUGGAUAAAUUUGGUCGGAAGAUCAACAAUGCUUUUUCUUCAGCCGUGUGGUCGAUGACAGAUGAAGAAAGAGUGAAACAAGCGGUCCAGUUGGCACUCUUACUAAUUCCACCAUCGAAUCGCAGGAAGCUGCAUUUGCUGUUACGAUUUCUGAGUAAAAUCCAUAAGAAUAAUGAGCUUCAACUUGCACAAAACUCUGAAGAUCUUCGGAAUUUGAUCGUGGAUACGUUCUACCAAAGUGUAUUGUGCAGUCCUGAUGCCAGUGACAUGGACACCAACCUUGCUAAACAUUUCUUGUGGUACCUAGUAGAAAACCACGACUUUGUAAUGCAGGUGCCAUGUGACCUGCGCAAACAAGUGGAGGAACGACUCUCCGAAAUACAACGUGUCCAGGUGGUCUACUCUUCCGAUGACAAAGGCUCUACGACUUACUGCAAACAGAUUCCUCUCUCUGCUUAUGAAAAAGAAUCUUUACACCAUUCCACAGAGGCCCUCAGGGAUCUCCUAAAGAAGAUUAUUGCUGAUGAAAAGAUGAACUUUAAGGAGAAACGGAAAAGACUAUCUGAAUUUCAGAAAUUGUAUCCUAAGAUUUAUGAAAAUGAACUUGGCUUCAGGAAUCCAAUACCUGCUGCACCACCACUCAAGAUCCAACGCAACAUUCACUUACCAAGACCUUUAAGACGCCUGCGGACACUUCGGUCUUAAAUCCUUCAUCUUUGAUUAUUUUUUUCUUUACAUCCAUGUUCCAUUCUUGUAUAAGCAAAGUUGUUGUGGAAAUUUGAAGACUAGCAUUGGAAUUUGUAUAGUUGGAACAAAAGAAUUUACGUUUUGAGCAUCUUUUUAACACAAAGCACAUAUCAAUAGAGUGACUCAGUAGCUCAGGCAAACCAACAAAAUGAUAUUUAUACUUUGGCUGGCUGAGGCAAGUGAAGUAAUGGUACAUUGACUGACUGGAGUGUUUAGAGUGAGGGUACCUUGGUUCACUGGAGCAUAUAUAGUAAGGGUACAUUGGUUUACUGAGGUACGUAGAGUAAUGUACCUUGGUUGACCAGGGUAUGCAGACUUAUGGUACCUUGGUUAACUUGGGUAGGCAGGGUAACAGUACCUCAGCUGACCCUGGCAAGUGAAAUAAUAGAUCCUCGGCUGAUUGAGGAAUGUAAAGAUCUUGCCUGAUGUCAGAAGACAGUGGCUGUUGCAGUUCAACUUUGUGGUUUCUGUUGAAACUAAACCCUUCUUUAUUAUGCCUUAGCUGCAGCCAUCACUGUUUCAGUCUUACUUUUAACACAAUAAUCUCAUAACAUAGACGGCUUACUGCUCACACAAUCACUGUCACAACAAGCAUUUCUCAGUAUAUCAUUUAUAUUUAUAAUAAAAACAACAAAAGAAAAUA